AUGAUAUUUCCCAACGAAUUGAACACAUACCUGCGCGAUCGUAUUCGAGAUUUGACUGCGGAGAAUGGUUGUUUACGUCGUACGUUAGAAGAGACCGAAGAAAAGCUACGAAUAACUGAGAAAAAUAUUAUUAAAUCGCAAUUGCCUAAAAUAAAUUUGGAUAAAUCUAACGAAAUGGCAAUAGCAACAACAACAACUAUCAAUAUAACAGAAUUGAGCAAGAAAUGUAAAGAACAGUCUGCCGAAAUCGAGAUACUCAAAACUAAGUGUAAACAUUUGGAAGAUAAUUUAGCAAGCAAAAUUGUCGAAUUGAAUAAUUUAAAACAUGAGAUAACAAAUCUUACGAACAAAUCUACGGAAUCUGAUAACAGUACCGGAGAUGUUCGAUCUUUAUCUAAGGAUAACGAGGAUAAGAUGAAAAUAUUAACGGAUAAGUUGCAACAAGUGAAAACAAAGCUGUACGAGUCUAAAAACGCUUACACGAGUCUCAAACAAGAAUUUAACAAAGCUCAAAAGUUAUUGUCCAGCGAAGUUGGUGAUAACGUAACGGUAACUGGAUUAUCAUCCCAAUUGGGUGGUUGGCGUGGAAGAGCUGAACAAAUUCGAAUACUUCAACAAAAGAUUGUUGAAUUGCAAACUAAGUUAUCGGAAUAUGAUGGAAAUUUGAAAGGAUCCUUUGUAUCCUUGGAACGUAAGAAUCUUGCAAAUCUUCGGAACGCUGAGAAAGAAAGGCGACAACAAAUCGAAAAUUCAGCAAAAGAACUCAGGCAAGCGGAAGUUUCAUUGGAAACAUAUAAAAGAAAGCUCGAAGCUUCCAAAGCUAGAAUUAAAGUACUCGAAAAUGAAUUGAACGUGUCCAAAGCAAACGUAACACUGUUGAACGAAAAAAGAACUCACGACGAUCAUUUGAUUGAAACCCUUAAUAAUCGAUUGAAAUCCGUUGAAAAUAAAUAUCAAGAACGUGAAAUAGAUAUUAAAAAUAAAGAAGACAAAAUUGAACGUGAAUGUAUUAACGUUAAAAAUGAUUUACAAGCUGCACAAAUACAAAUCGAUCGUUUGACGAGAAAACUCGACGAACGUGAAAUUGAAAUAGACAAAUUAAGAAAUGGUCUGAUAAUACCGGAAGAUCAAAAAUCACAACGAGUUAUUACACAUACGGAAGAUCGAAAUGUUAUUAACAAUUAUCGUACGAGUUCUACGAAUAUGAUUACAAAUUUAAACGAACCUAACGAAUAUGUUACAAUAGCUAUUGCUGCAGAAGCUGAACGAGAAAGAUUAUUGGAAUUGGUGAUCGUGUUGAACAGACGAUUGGACAAGGAACGAAAUGAUGCUAAUAGUUUAGCUGAAUCAUUGAGAAAUGAACGAUACAAAUUGGCUAAAUUAGAAUUGAAACUUCGAAAAUUGGAAAAUGAAAGAACAGGAAUGUCAAAAGUGGACAGUGGUUGUUACAGAAUGAAAAAUUGCAAAUCUACGUCAGGAUUGAAAACAAACGAUGAAUUUGCAAAUGCUGAACAAAUUCGUUUCAAGCUCGAAUUACUCGAAGAGGAAUGUCUCGCUUUAAAAGCAAGAUUAAAUACCGUACAACAGGACAAAGCUUCCGAUUUAGAAACAUACAAACGAAUGUUAGAUCAAGCUAGAAAAACUUUUCAAGAAGCAUGCAAAAAUAAACCAGUGACCACACCUGCUACUCGUUCGACAAUUACCGUCUAA